GCUGCGGCCCCUCCUCCCCCGCGCUCCCCUCAGAGCCCCCGGCCGCGCGCCGCCGCUCGCUCGCUCGCUGGUCCCAGCGCAGGCCCGUCGGGCGGCGGUGAGGAGGCGCCGAGGCGGAGGAGCGGGCGGCGGCGGCGGCGGCGAGGCGACCGCGCGGAGGCGAGCGGGCCGGGCCCGGCCGGGCGGCCGCCGCCAUGAGCGGCUCCUCGGGCACCCCGUACCUGGGCAGCAAGAUCAGCCUCAUCUCCAAGGCGCAGAUCCGCUACGAGGGCAUCCUCUACACCAUCGACACCGACAACUCCACCGUGGCGCUCGCCAAAGUGAGGUCUUUCGGGACUGAAGACCGCCCCACAGACAGGCCGGCCCCCCCCAGAGAGGAGAUCUACGAGUACAUCAUUUUCCGGGGAAGCGACAUCAAGGAUAUUACCGUGUGUGAACCUCCGAAAGCUCAGCACACACUCCCGCAGGACCCUGCUAUUGUUCAAUCUUCCCUGGGCUCGGGCUCCUCCUUCCAGCCGCACGUGCCUUACAGCCCCUUCAGAGGAAUGCCGCCCUACAGCCAGCUGGCUGCCAGCUCUCUGCUUAGCCAGCAGUACGCCGCUUCCCUGGGUCUAGAGAAGCUGGUGAGCCCUCCAGCCUCGGCCGCAGCUUCCAGCCCUAGUUCUUCUCCAUCUCCACAGCCCGCCUCAGAGCUUGACAUGUCCUCAGAACCACAUCAGCUCACUUCCAAGGGAGCCGGUUUUCCAUCCGUCCCUGUCGGCAAGAGCCCCAUGGUGGAGCAGGCUGUGCAGACUGGUUCUGUUGAUAACCUGAACGCCAAAAAGCUGUUACCCGGCAAGGGCCCCGCGGGGGUGCAGCUCGGCGGGCGGCCCGCGCAGCCCGGCAGCAAGAGCGGCAGCGAUGUAGCUCAGCCGGCAGCUGUGCCAAGUCAAGGGCAGGUGAAUGACGAGAACAGAAGGCCUCAGAGGAGGAGAUCAGGGAACAGACGAACAAGGAAUCGCUCCCGGGGGCAAAACCGCCCGACUAACGUCAAAGAAAACACAAUCAAGUUUGAAGGCGACUUUGAUUUUGAGAGCGCCAAUGCCCAGUUCAACAGAGAGGAGCUGGACAAAGAGUUUAAGAAGAAACUGAAUUUUAAAGAUGACAAAGCCGAGGAGGGGGACGAGAAGGACUCGGCAGUGGUGACCCAGAGUGACGACGCCCCCGCUGAGGAGGACCGCCUGGGGCCCAACUGCUACUAUGACAAGUCCAAGUCCUUCUUUGACAACAUCUCCUCUGAGCUCAAGACCAGUUCCAGGCGGACGACGUGGGCUGAGGAGCGGAAGCUCAACACAGAGACCUUUGGGGUGUCAGGAAGGUUUCUUCGUGGCCGUAGCUUCAGGGGUGGAUUUCGAGGGGGCAGGGGCAACGGUACAACCCGGCGCAACCCAGCGUCCCACAGAGCCGGGACCGGCAGGGUGUGAGUGAGGAUGCCGCCCGCGGCGCCUCUGGAAGUCGCACAGAAAUGACGCUGUGUCUGCGGAUGUGGGAAACGCUGCACUUACCGGGAGACGGGGGUCACUUUGUUUACGGAGUUUGGGAAAUUCCCGUACUGCUACUUAUGUUCUGAACUUAAUUGAACUUGGACAUGGUCUGAGUUAGAACCACUUGUUUUGGGGGAAGUAUCCUUGGGUGACCUCUUGGAGGUAUUUUGGCCUGUCUUUCCUCUUUAGUUGCGCACAGCCUGAUUCUAAGGUUCUGGUAUUUUGGGGAAAGGUUUUAGAGCAAAAGCUUGAUCCUCAUUUUGUGACUUUUCUUUGUGACAGCUUUGAUUUUUUUCAAAUGGAACCAAAUCCCAUUUGGCAAAUGUGGCAGCCAAGUGUGUAUCUCUAUAACCCAACUGGUCUCUGGUGCUGCUGGCCUGGCACCCCCACGGCCACAGGUGGGGGGGUCUCAGGAGCCAGGCAGGGCCAGCAUGGGAGCGUGUGGGGGUGGGUGGGCAUUAGGGCCAGGAGAGUGGAGUGUCCCACAGAUCAUGUUGUAGAAGCAAACCAGACAACCCUUACAUCCAGAGUGACGAUGUCAAGGUUUAGAGCUGGUGGGUUGGGGCCGGGGGGGGGGGGUGUGCAGGGAAUAGGUAGAGUCCUGGAGGCCUAGGAAGGGUCCUGGACUCAAGCUAGGCACUGGUGCUCAGAGCCUGGCUUCCAUAGGAAUCGGGGUUGGGGGCCAAAGUCCGGGGACCUGUGGGGUCCCUGUCCUUCCUGCCCCAUCCCUGCCAUCCCCAGACCCGGUCCGGUCAGUACUGCACUCUGGCCACUGUUCAGUGUCUCAUCCCCUUGGAAAUGAGCCAGUCUUUUUUGCAAGGUCGGUUGACCUAAAACAUUAUUUCUUCUUAAUUGUAAAUAGUUGCGUUUUUGUUUUACGGGGUGGAGGGUGGGUGGGGCACAUAAACUCGUUGCAUGAGUAAAUGGGUCAGACCUGUAGUGUGAGCAUGCGUCCUUCUGCCGGAGAGGGCCCUGUGUUGAACAUAAGCACCUUGGUAACUAAACCCCUUUAAAUAGCUAUAAAGGUUUUAGUUCUGUAUUGAUUCAGUUACUGUAAAAGCUUGGGUUUAUUUUUGUAGGACUUAAUGGCUAAGAGUUAGAACAUAGCAAUGGGCUGCUCUGUUGGAGUAAUGUAAAUUAUAAUUAUAAAUAAACAUGCAAACCUUUACAA